CCAACUGAACAGCAGCAGAUGACCUUGGACACCAGAAAGGACCACAAGGAUCCCAAUAUAACCGGAGGACUGUGUAAUUGAACAUGCGGGUCCUUCUUGCGUAUUCCUGCCUGUUUCAGUUUCCAGCGGCCUUGGUUAAAAUCUACAGAAAGCCAACCGAGGGCCACAGGAUGGGAUCAGUGAUGUUCCAGGAUGUGGCCGUGGACUUCACCCUGGAGGAGUGGCAGCUGCUGGGAUGUGCUCAGAGGAAGCUGUAUUGGGAUGUGAUGCUGGAGAACUUUAGAAACCUCAUCUCAGUGGGGUGUCCAGUCACCAAAACAAAAGUGAUCUUCAAGGUGGAGCAAGGACAAAAGGCAUGGAUGGUGGAGGGAGAGAACCCACGUUGGCGCUCUCCAGACAUCUGCUUACUUGAUGAUGAGCUAGAGAGACAGGAAGGAGAAGGAAGUAAAGACAAUUUUUUGAAUCAAGGUAUGUUCAAUUUCAAGAAAACACUGACCAAUGAGACAGUCCAAAAUUGUAAUCUGAGUAUAAAUUUUAUUUCUUGA